AGAGAAGGAAAAAGAGAGAGAGAGAGAAAAAGAAGAGAAGAAGGAGAGAGGGAAACUGGAGUUUUAAUCUCUUUGGGAUGUGUAUGCCACCCUGGCUGGGUGUUGUGUGCAGCUGUGAGCGCAGGGCAGAGUUCUCUCAGUGCUACUGGAAGUGGGACUAGCAUGUGUUGCAGCUGACCUGGGCCAGACAGGAUACAUCGUUCACAAUGCUUGGGAAGGACUACAUGCUAGCCAUCAUCAUAGUCAACUACGAUGAUAACAUCUGGAAUGACCAGAAUCUGGAGCUGGACUCGGACCUGCCGCCAGGCUGGAGGACCAUUCGGGACAGCACGGGCACCUACUACUGGCACAUCCCCACCGGCGCCACCCAGUGGCAGCACCCAUCCUACAGUGCCGAGGAUGAGCCGGACCCCAGGGACUGCCUCAGCACCUGCGACCAGAAGGGUUUCAGCGCUACGGGCAGACGAGGCUCGAGGAACAGGCUGACUGAGAGUCCUGUGGCCUCCAUAAAUGACAGGGCCUCUCAGGAAUAUUAUUUCACCAACACAGAUCCUGAUUCCAAGUGCUUUGCCGUGCGCUCUCUGGGCUGGGUGGAGAUCCCCGAGGAGGACCUGACUCCCGGGAAGAGCAGCAUUGCCGUCAACAACUGCAUCCAGCAGCUGUCCCACAGCAAGAGUGAGGGGUGCGACGCCAUGGGGGCCUGGGGGGAGGGCCAGGACAUGGUGAUGAUACUGAAGAAGGACACCCUCAGCCUGGUGGACCCACUGGACCACAGCCUCAUCCACUGCCAGCCCAUAAUAAACAUCCGUGUGUGGGGCGUGGGCUGCAACAACGGCAGAGACAGGGACUUUGCCUUCGUCGCAAGCGACAAGGACACCUGCAUGCUGAAGUGUCAUGUGUUCCGCUGCGACGUUCCGGCCAAGGCGAUUGCCUCCGCCCUGCACGGGAUGUGCUCAAAGAUCAUGGCAGAGAAGGAAGUGAUGCCUCCAUCGAUGCCAUGGUCCCUCACCAUGGAGAGCAUCUCCCCAGAGGACCUACCACUGCAAGUGGACUUCCUGGACACGGUGAGGCAGAAGGCGCAGAAGUUUCGGGUGGAAUACAUCGGAUACCUGCCUGUCCCUCGGGCCAUGGGCAUGGAGGUGCUGAACAAGGCCAUCGAGAACAUCAUGGACACAACAGACAGGGAGGAAUGGGAGCCCGCCAUUGUGCAUGUCACAGACACUGUGCUGUCCCUCUGGAAAGGAGAGGAUGGAGGGGACCCCCUCUGGGAGUGUCAGGUGCGCUACCUGACGUUUCUAGGCGUGGGUCAUGACACCCACACCUUCGCUGUGAUCGUGGACGCGGGGACUCAGCGCUUUGAGUGUCACGUCUUCUGGUGUGAGCCCGACGCUGGAAUCAUCUCUGAGGCGGUGCAGGCGGCGUGCAUGGUUCAGUACCAGAAGUGCUUGGUGGCCCAGACCCCGCCGCUCAAGCCAAAGAUGUGGCGGAGUGGCUCCAAGGUGAGGCGGGCCAACUCCGUGGACAGCUCCUCUUUCCCACCCCGACACCGCGGACACUCCCCACCCAAAUUCGGGACAUCCAACGUCAAGAAGGGCGUGCUGGCCUUUUUCGAGACGUUCCGAAACAAACAGUCCGUGGUACCCAUGCCCUAGCAAUCGACUGGUGCCUGGGCAGAAUGAGAGGGAGGGACUUACAGAAAGAGAGAGAGAGAAAGAGGCAAAGUUGCAUAGCCAGCCUUCCGCAUACAAAGUGUAAAAAGUCCAGCAUUUAUAUAUUUUGCGUUUGUAUUUUUGUUGGGGGUGAUCUAUAUUAUUAAUUAAAAGCAUUGGGUUUCCUCCUCUGCUUUUCAGAGUGUCCCUGUAGGUUGCAAUCUGAAAGAGACCUUUCGUGGGCACGGCUUUAAUACAAAGUGCUGCACUGUACCAUUCCAUACCUCUCUCAACACAAGGAAAGGCCUCACACAAAUGAACAUCUUAGUAGCAUUAAAAUCCACAAAACAAAAGAAAGGAGGAUCAUGGUCUUUUUCAGGCCUACAGAGGCAUGUGAAUGAUUCAUUGUGCAAUAAAAUUAAUAUCCGUAAAUCUGAAACCUACAAUCAUUCAUAAUUUCGGUUUAUGAUGCUGAAUAUUGAACAUUAACCCACUCCUUGUGCAUGCAGUGUACAUUUGUUUUAUUACAUUUCACAGCAGAUUUCUGUGGGUUGUUUUUUUUUUUCAGAAGACGUAAACUCUCUUAUAGUGCAUUUUCACACUUGCAUCUUUUCUGUGUGAGUGCAAUGAGCAGAAACUGGGAAACUGGGAAAACCUUGAAAUUUAUUCCCCAGAUCUUGGAAAAGGUGGUUGAUUGAGGCCCCCCUGGACAAAGCUGUAAAGUGGAAGUCAAACAGCGGUAAAGAAAUAAAUGAGGACUUGCAAAUGAAAACGUCCAUAAAUCAGAGUGUUAUUAAUGUAGGCUCCUAGCAUACAACAUACAACCGAUAGAAGCAUUUUACCAAGUGAUACUCGAAGUAAGAUAUGUUCUACCGUUCCCUGUGAACAAAGAGAUGAAAACUUGUGUAGCUGUGGAGAAACGCUUUGUAGAAGCAAACUUUUACAAAACGACAGCAAUGAAACGGCACUGCUGUUAGAGCCAGUCGUUGCUCUGCCUCAUCUAUUAAAGGUUUACUGCUGCGCUGUGUGCUUGCUCACCUCUGAAGUGCAAAGCCAUGCUGGGAUGCUUUACACAGUAAUCACAUCAGAAAGAAAAAAUAAAUAAAACAACAGCAGCAUGUCUCUUCAAAACUACAGUUAAAAAUAACAUUAAUGGGCAAGCAGUAACAUAAUCAUAAAUACAUCUGACAAACUGGCAUAGUUUGUUAUCAUUUUUAUUAAAACCAUCUUUGAAUCACCUUAUACACAAACUGAAUUCAAAAUUAAAGGGGUGCGUUUAAUAAUGUAGAUCACAAUGCAUGUUGGUUUCCCUGACUACGGUGUGGUGCAAUGCCAUGUGACACUCCCGAGCACCAAAGGGAGUGGGGCUUGAAUGAUGUCAUACACUGUACCAUACGUUUAGUAGCACACACUUUAUGGAACUGCUCCUCCCACUUAUUUGAGAAUGAUUUUCAAUUCAUAUUUAUUAUACGAUAUGUGAUCUCAGGUCUGUUUAUUAAUCAGUAGGUACAACACACAAAUGAUGAGGAUGGAGGAAGAGCAGUGUUUUUAUAAUGUAGCAACAAAAAGCGCAUUAAGCAGAAGUCAUUUUAAUACUAUCAUAGAUUAGCCAUGAUGUUUUUUGCUAUUUAUACAACCAGUGAAAAUGUGCAUGUACUGUAUAUUUGCAGUACUUUAGCACAAUGAAUAGUAGAAAGAUGUACUCUAAAGGGAGCUGUUGUUUACUGUAGUUACAGUAAUAACACAAAGUUGUGUCAAACUGGAUGGCAUUUGCAGCCUGUGUUGUAACAGUCAAACAAUAAACUGCUUGGAGAUGCUCUUCUUCCCA